AUGUGUGCAGCUCUGGGCCCCUCGUCCCGCUGCCCUGACGUCUGCCUAAGCCCGUUUUCCCCUGCCGGGAUGCUGCUCCCUCUGCUGCUCCUGCCCUGGGCAUGGGGGGCUCUGGACGCCUCCCCUCCUGUCCCCACAGGGUCUCUCACCCUCCGGCUGCUCCAAACCAUCAUCUUCCACAACGCCAGCUCCACGGACAUGGAGGGGACGGCCCUGCUGGGCGACCUGGAGACCCACUCCCUGGACUGCAGCACCUGCGAGAUCCGCUUCCUGCAGCCCUGGGCCCAGCAGGGCCUGACCCUGAAGCAGUGGCAGGACCUGGAGAAGUUGAUCUAUAACAAUCUGUCCAACUUCAUCCGUAUGGUGAACGAUCUGGUUGAGGAUGAAGGAGAGGGCUACCCCUUUGUUAUCCAGUUCACCGAGGGCUGCGAGCUCCACCCCAAUGGCACCUCGAGGCGAUUCUGUGAUGCUGGGAUGAACGGCGAGGACUUUGUCAGCUUUGACACGGACAGCGGCAAAUGGGUCGCUCGCCGGGGGGAUAAACUGACUCUCAAAGCCGAGGAGAUCCUUAACUACAACCAGGUUGUGGCCAUCACGCUUCAGUUUCUCCUGAGAAUGACGUGUGCCAAUCAGAUCAAGAGCUUUGUCCAGCAUGGGAAAGAGUCUCUGGAGAGGCAAGAGCGGCCGGUCGCCGUGGUGUUUGCCCGAGCGCCUCCCCCAGCCAGGAUCCCCGCGCCGGUACUGCUGGUUUGCCGGGUCACCGGUUUCUACCCCCGGCCCGUCCGCGUGGCCUGGCUGCAGGACGGGGAGGAGGUGGGGCCGGGCUGGUGGCUGAACUCCAGCGGGAUCCUGCCCAACGCGGACCUGACCUACCAGCUGCGCAGCUCCCUGGCCGUGGGGCCGGGCGCCGGGCACAGCUACGCCUGCCGGGUGCAGCACAGCAGCCUGGGGGGCCGGAGCCUGCUGAUCCCCUGGGAGCAGAGCAGGCCCUGGGGCCCCGGCCUGGUCGUGGGCAUCACCCUGGGGGUUGUGGCCAUAGCCGCCGUGGCCGUGGUGCUGUGGCGGAGCAGACACAGGGGCUACCAGGAUGUUGGACCAGGGGAGUCCAGUCCCUGA